AGCUGGAGUUGCGGCAGCAGUGUGGCUCUCUCUAUGAGGGUGCGUUGGUUUUGACAGUGCAGGAUCGCCAGGAGCCGCUGGGCAGCGGGGGGGCAACACUGAACGCUCUGCUGGUCGCUGCUGAACAUCUGAGCAGCAGAGCCGGACACACUGUGGUGACAGCUGACGUCCUGGAUGAUGCUCACAUCCUCAUCCUCCACACCGGUCGAGAUUUCCCCUGGAGCUCCUGCAGCAGAGCGUUCUGCUGGUUACCUCUAGAGAAACCCGACCAGAAGGUCCAGGCUCCGGUCUGCUGUCUGGACCUGCUGCUGGACUUACUCAGUACCAAGAUCUGUCCUGGUUCACCUCCUGGUGUUUGGGUCUGCAGCACUGACAUGAUUCUCUCCAUCCCUGCUGACUUUGGUUAGUGUUUGGUUAGAGUACCGAGGAAUCACUGUUGAGUAACUUCCUACACUUCUUUAGUUUGGGUUCUAGGAACCUACUUAUUCACACAGUGGCUAUUCAAAACCUUCAAAACACUUCUUUCCUUCUUCUGUUAUUGUUUCUUGUUCCAUGUUGUUUUCCUGCUGUGAAUCGAGGCUCGUUUCCACGUCUCAGGAAAACACGAGGGAAGUUUUCAGAUUUGGCUCAAACAUUCACCUGGAGCGUU